UCCUUGCGUGCUCAUCAUGCUACUUCUGUUUCUUGGCCCUUCAAAUGCUCAGAGAUAUCGGAACAUAAGCUUGGGCUCCUCUCUUACUCCGCUUGGCCGAAACACCUCUUGGCUCUCCCCUUCGGGCGACUUUGCUUUCGGGUUCCAUCCCCUUCCGACCAACAGCAGCAUGUUCCUGCUGGCUAUCUGGUUCGAGAAGAUAUCGAGCAAAACGAUGGUUUGGUAUGCCAAUGGUGACAAUCCCGUGGAGGCUGGGUCCAAGGUGGAGCUGACGACGGAUGGGCGGCUCUCGCUCAAGGACAGCACCGAGAGUGAGGUGUGGAAUGCCGGCAUCACCAACGCCUCUUAUGCUGCUAUGCUCAACACUGGCAACUUCAUGCUCGUGAAUUCUCAAGGUUCGCCUCGAUGGCAGAGCUUCCAGGUGCCUUCAGACACCAUAUUGCCGUCGCAAGUGUUGGAUCUCGGCAGCCACCUUUCCGCUCAUUUGAUGGAUGAUGAUUACUCCAUCGGAAGAUUCACCCUCCAAGUCCAAACUGAUGGCAAUCUCGUGCUUUACACAGUGGCUACCCCAUCCGGCUUUCAAUAUGAUGCUUAUUGGGCUAGCAAUACCGUCGGAAAUGGAUCGCAACUUGUCUUCAAUGUGUCAGGCAUCUACUUUGCCCAAAGGGACAAUAGUAAAGUCGCCAUUACUUCCAGUGGAGUGCACUCGACGCAAGAUUUCUACCAAAGGGCAACUCUUGAUGCCGAUGGGGUCUUCAGACAUUACAUACACCCAAGGAAUGGCUCAACAGUUGGCGUGUGGAGCGAUGGCUGGACGCCGGUGGCUUUCCAGCCCCCUGAUAUAUGCCAAGUGACCAACUCAGGUGCAGGGAGUGGCGCUUGUGGAUUCAACAGCUAUUGCAGGUUCAAUGAAAACCAACAUGUCGAUUGCGAGUGCCCACCACAGUAUUCCUUCCUGGAUGCAGACAGAAAGUACAGAGGGUGCAAGCCUGAUUUUGCUGCCCAGAGUUGUGAGGCUGAUGCAUCGGAGACGCAUGAGCUAUAUGAAUUCACAGUCAUGACAAAUGUUGAUUGGCCUUCAUCGGACUAUGAGCAGUAUGGCUCCAUAGAUGAGGAACAAUGCAGAGAGGAGUGCUUAGCGGAUUGUUUUUGUGCGGUUGCUAUCUAUGAUGAUGGGAAUUGCAAUAAGAAGAGGCUUCCCCUUUCCAUCGGGAGGACCGGCAGCUAUGGCAACAAAAAAGUCCUCAUCAAAGUGCCCAAAGCUAAUCAGUCGGAAUCCGUACCUCCAUGUUCAAUUCGCCAGAACAAAGGCAAAAGAACCUGGAUAUUGCUAGGAUCGCUGCUCCUGGGGGCCUCCGUAUUUGUGUUGCUCACAGCCAUCCUCGUGGUGAUCUACUGCACUUGUUCUAGGAGGUCACGUGAGCUUCAGCCUGCCUCAAUCUUGUCAGCAUUGAGUCUCCAGCCUUUCACUUAUAAUGAGCUCAAGGAAGCCAGCGAUGGCUUCAGAGAGGAGCUAGGCAGGGGUGGUUCCAGUGUGGUAUACAAGGGGUUCUUGCAAGACGAGGCUCGAACUUGUGUCGCAAUCAAGAAACUCGAUAAGGUAUUUCCAGAGACACAGAAGGAAUUCAUGAACGAAGUGGAAACCAUUGCCAAAACAUACCAUAAGAAUCUGGUGCGGUUGCUGGGAUUCUGCUACGAAGGAGCCGAACGGCUUCUGGUUUACGAGUACAUGAGCAAAGGUUCAUUGAUGGGAUUCCUCUUUGCAAAUGAGAGGCCAGAGUGGAACCAAAGGAUCCCGAUCGCGCUUGGAAUCGCAAGGGGCCUCCAAUACUUGCAUGAAGAGUGCUUCAGUCAAGUUAUCCAUUGUGACAUAAAGCCUCAGAACAUAUUGUUGGAUGACAAUUUCACUACAAGGAUAUCGGAUUUUGGCUUGGCCAAGCUUCUGAGGACAGAUCAGACUCGGACAAAGACAGAUAUUAGGGGAACCAAAGGCUACGUCGCACCCGAGUGGUUCAGGAACACAGGGAUAACAUCGAAGGUUGAUGUGUACAGCUUUGGUGUGGUGCUGCUGGAGAUCAUAUGUUGCAGAAGGAAUGUGCGGCCUGAAGCGCAAAACGAAGAGGAGUCCAUACUGGCAUACUGGGUAAAUGAUUGCUUCAGAGAUGGUAGAUUGGACUUGGUCGUCGAGGGUGAUGACCAAGCAAUCUCUGAUAUGAGGAGGGUGGAAAGGUUCGUGAAGGUGGCCCUUUGGUGCAUCCAAGAGGAUCCUUCGCUGAGGCCAACGAUGCAGAAAGUAACUCAGAUGCUAGAUGGUUCGACGGCAGUCCCUGGACCGCCUGAUCCUUCCUCCUACAUCAGCUCGAUUCAGUGAGACCUGUCCCUUGGUUUUGUAGAAUGAUGCUCAUGGCGUAUGCCAAACAUGUUUUACUAUCCUAAAAUAUCAUGUAAU